AUGUCUGACGAAAGUAUCGAGGAAACUAAUCAAGAAAUGUACAGUAGAGAUAAAUCACUUGAUAUAAAUGAAUCUGAAUCCACAACCCCAAGUGUAAACCCCGUAAGUAAUCAACCACCGAAUACUAGAAGGGAUAAUACAGAAAUAUUUAGAAUGAUUGCCGAAGCUCUUCAAAGAGCGGUAGGAAGUAUGCCUGCUACUACUUCUACCCCUGCUACCCGACAAGCCCCUAUUAAGGAACUAAAAAAGUAUGGAGCUACAGAAUUUUUGGGAUUAAAGGGAACUGAUUCAACAACAGCUGAAAAUUGGUUAGAGACUACCAAGAGAAUUUUGAAGCAAUUAGAAUGCACAACACAGGAAAGUUUAGUAUGUGUUGUUUCUCUGUUACAAGAAGAGGCUUACAUAUGGUGGGAAUCAGUGAUUCAGAAUGUACCAGAAGAACAGGUAAACUGGGAAUUCUUUCAAAGGGAAUUUCAAAAAAAGUAUUUGGGAGAGACAUAUAUGGAAGAUCAGAAACAAGAAUGCAAGCGAUUUCUAAGAGGACUGCGAGAUGAAUUCCAAUUGCAAUUGAUGCCUCUAUGGAUUACAGAGUUUGUAAACUUAAUAGAAAGAGCUAAAAUGAUUGAGCAAGUACUAGGGAAAAGUAAAAAGUCGGAAACUGCCUGUUCAAUUAGAAAACGUCCUGGAACUGCUAGUUCAAGUUUGCAAGUCAAACGAUCGAGAGAAUCUUGGGAUAGUAGAAGAUUCAGUUCAAGAUCAGAAAGAGGAGACCGAAAUCGAAAGAGACAGACUUCUGUAUCUACUGGAAGUAUCAGAAGCCCAGCUCAGAACAUUGAAAUUCCAGAAUGUGAAUAUUGUGGAAACAAACAUAGGGAAGAAUGUAGAAAGUUAACUGGGGGUUGUUUCCGAUGUGGUUCCACUGAUCAUUUUGUAAAGGACUAUCCGAAGAUUGGUAAGGUAACACCAACGAAAUCACAAAGAUCUGAAUCUGCUUCUAGAGGUCGAGGGUCAGGCCAAAGUGGCCUAGCUGCUAGAUGA